UGAAUAUUCCUCUGUUGUUUUAUUGGUUCGCACACUGUCGCUAAUUAAACAGAAAAGAAAAAUGAACCAAUGUGUUGUUCAAGUAGUUGUAAGUGUUUUCCUGUAUUUUUACAUUGUUCAGGCACAACCGUUUCUCUUCAGAGAUGACAUAGCAGAAUUGCACAUUUUCUCAGCGAGCCUCAACGGCUCGCUAAACUUCUUCAACGUGUGGCAGAUCGACCGAAAACUGCCCGUGAAAAUGCUCGUUCACGGCUAUCGUCAGCACAACACGGAUUAUUUGUUCAGCGUGAUCGUUAACAAUUACGUGGAAAAGGGGAACGUUAGUAUGAUAACGGUUGAUUAUCCUCAGCUAGCAUUUUCGAGCUAUGAGGAGUGUUAUUUUGGUAUCCCGGAAGUUGAAAAGUACAUAGCUGAGUUUAUCCGAUUAUUAAAUUUCUUGGGUAUACCACCUGGAAAUGUCCACUUGAUCGGACACUCCCUAGGUGCCCAAAUGGUCGGAAGAAUGGGUAAUAUUUAUACAAACUUAACAAACGGCCGAAAACUAGGUAGAAUCAGCAGUUUAGAUCCACCAAAAAUGGGUUUUGCGAGUAUUCUUGUAAAACCCUAUUAUAAAAUCACUAAUCAAAGCGCGGAAAUAGUCGAUAUCAUCCAUACUGAUACCAAAACAAUUGGUGUGACUGAACCGUCAGGAACUAUUGACUUUUACGCUAAUCAUGGAUAUGCACCUCAACCUGGAUGUGAUGAUGCUGUCAAUUUACGUCCUUUAAUUGAUAAUAUUCCACUCUGGGAUGGAUGGAUUAUUCCGUAUCAUGGAAAAGAUGUUUGCUCGCACGCGAGAAGUCUCCAACUGUUUGCACAGUCGAUUGUCUUGAGCGAUGCACUUGUUGGACUUGAGUGCUUGGAUUGGGACAUCCAGAACAGAAUGUGUCUCACGCCCGGCACCAAACAGUUGAUAUAUGGCGAGGAUAUGCCUCGAAAUGCUACUGGUGUUUACUACUUCAACACCACAGCAACACCACCGUACACGUCUAUAUAA